GUUCUCAGCAGUAUGGGAUUGUACAGUAGUCUUUUCAUACUACUACUUUGUGCAGCCAAUUUGGUAACUUCUUUUGUUGUUCUACCAUACAUACAAAUUGAUUAUGCACAUCUUAUUCGAGUCGCCCAUUGUAAAGCAAAGUGUUCGGAAAAGUAUGGAUACCCCAAGACACGAGAAAAUCUGGAUGGAUCUAUUGAUGAAUACUUUUAUGUUAACACUGAGGAAUACGCAAAAUGCGAGAAUGGCUGCCUACAAUUUCAGCAUAGACGUGACAUGAAACGAGGCAACCUUACUGGUGAAACUCUUCAAGGAGCCAAGUUUUGGCUGGAAUCUACCGCACACUCUGGAAAAGUGGGCUCAUCUCCAAUCUCGUCAGCUGAAUUAUUGUGCCAGAUGCCUUCUGCAACACCCGAUUUGGACGACUCAUUUGAGGGACUCCUUGGCCUGACGAAAAUUCGCCCAUCUGGACCGGUACAGUAUGUUGUGCAGUGGAAGCAGCGAACUUAUGCAUUGGGAUACUAUGAUGAGAGUCAAUGGAUUACUGCAUCUGUUGAGCCGGACACUAUGAUAAAAGUUGACGGAAUGAUUCCUGGAGUUCAAUACAAAUUCCUUAUCACUGUUGUUGGACCCGCCGGAAAGCUUGGAGAUACAAUUCAAAGCGAGUGGACUGAGAUUUCUAGUACUUUAGUUGUCAAGUCUCCCGGAUCACCGCUAAUUGUUAAAAAUGGAUUUAAUUCUGAACAGGGGGUUGUUGCACAUCUCCAUUUCCCGAGAACCGCAUACGACAGUUGUUAUUUCCGGCUACAAGUCAAAAACGCGACGAAUUCGGUUGUGACGGAUAUUCGAGUGGACCCCACAUAUUCAAUUCUUUUGUCUCAUCUGGAGUUUGACUCGUCCUACGCAGUCACUUUUUCUGCUCUCUCGUCGGAUCAGAACACUGCGACAACACCGAUUUCAGUGAGGUUCAACUCGUUUCAAUGCAAGCAGGUUUAUGGGAAAGGAAGCCUUCAAUGUGCCCCCGAAUCUGUCUCCAAUAUCCGAGUGGCAAUCCAACCCAACUCUACCGCAAUGAUAACCUGGACCGCAUCGGCUGAACCAGAAAACAUUCUAACCUAUGCAAUAACCUACCAAGCAUACCUUGGCCCUUGCAAUAAGGACCCAACGACAGUAUACCUACCUGCCCCGUCCACAAGUUAUGAGAUGCCUCUCCCACGCAACGUUCAUUGCGAGUUUAUGUUCCGCAUCACCAACUAUGACGCAAUUGGCCGAGAAGCGUUUGCUGAGACGAGGAUUGCUGUAAUGCAAGAAAAGUUGAUAAAUUCUUCACUGAAAAUCAUCGCCGUCGGAGUUUCGUUCACUUUUCUCAUCUUUGCUGUACUUUGUUUUGCUGUCUGCAGAUGCUGCAACAAAUGUCCUGUGAAAGUUUCUGAGAACAAGGCUAAACUCACAGAUUACGCCUGAUUUUUAGUUCCAGGUUUUAGUAGAGCUUAGCAGUCACAUUCUCAUUAUUUAUGGGUAUUUCGUUGAACCAAAGUUAAACUUUGUUACAUGUUAUCUCGGGUUUAAUUCAUUAUGCUAUUUUAAUAUUUAAGUGUUCAUUUUUUAUACCUUGUGUUGCUUUUCCGGUUUUGUAAAUAGAGAAUUGUUUUCUAUAAAGUUUGUCAUGAGAG